ACGUCUCGCAAGUCUAGACAGGCGGUCAUUUGUUUUCUUGUGUGACAUGUAAACACUUCACUGAAAAAUUCGCGUACAAAUUUAGGCUAGUCACAUGUUUUGACGACGAUUUAACGCGUAACAAAUAUGCCCUACAACGAAUCGAAGUAAUUUAUGCAUUUUCGAUUUAAUUAUUCGAAUUUUGAUCGGAUGCAGUUGCAGCAGUGAUUUAUUUUUUCAGUGUCCGUAUAACCUUGUGGGAGCCGGUGCUAACCCGGAAUUUGGAGAUGAUUCUCAAUUCAGACAGAAAAUUUCAAGAAUUUCCAGUAUUUUGAAUGAUGUGAAAUGAGAUGGAUUGCGGUAUCCAGAGCGCUAUACUCAGCGUUGCGCCAGGCGCAGAUCCAGGACCUCAACCAGGUUUGACGACGUCCGUCUUCGCGCCCCCAGACGUCGACCAGGCCCAGUUCGAGGCCGACAAACGCUCUGUAUACAAGCACCCUUUAUUCCCCCUGUUGGCCCUCCUGUUCGAGAGAUGCGAGCUGGCCACUCAAUCGUCGGACGCUCAGUCGAGCGAGGCCUUCAACUUGGACAUCCAGGCCUUCGUGCAGCACCAGGAGAGGGACAGGAAGCCUUUCUUGGCCAACGAACCGGAGAUCGACGGUUUGAUGAUCAAGGCGAUCCAGGUCCUCAGGAUACACCUGCUUGAGCUGGAGAAGGUCCAGGAGUUGUGCAAGGACUUCUGCAACCGUUACAUAACGUGCUUGAAGGGGAAGAUGCAGUCUGAGAAUCUGCUGAGGUCGGAUUAUCCGCAAGAUAUUUCAGGUGCGUCUAUGCUGGGAGGCAUGGAGAGCAACAACAACAGCAUGAUGUCUCACGGUAACUCGGAAAGCGGCUCGGCCUCAAACAGUCCUGUACAGUAUUCGAUAAGUCCCUCGCAACAGCAAACCAUAACGCCCCAACCGAACCCGCUGGAGAGACACAUGGAGAACCAGAACUACAACCUGCCGCCCCACCACUACGGAGGCCCGACCCCCGCCCACCAACCGCAACAGCAGCAACAACAGCAGCAGCAGCCCUCCUGUGAUAACCUGGUGGUGCACGGUUCCACCCCCCUGUCCCAGAUCGGCGUGAACAUCGGCUCGGUACCGCCCAGCGAGAGCUCCGGGCCCCUGUCGCCCGCGCCCACGACGCCCGGCGGCUCUGCCGACGACUGCGACAGCGACUUCACGUCCAGGGGCGGCAGGAAGCAGAAGCGGGGCGUCCUACCCAAGCAGGCCACCAGCGUCAUGAGGUCGUGGCUGUUCCAGCACCUGGUGCAUCCCUACCCGACGGAAGACGAGAAGAGGCACAUAGCGGCGCAGACCAACCUGACGCUGCUCCAGGUCAACAACUGGUUCAUAAACGCGCGCAGGAGGAUCCUGCAGCCGAUGCUGGACGCGAGCGCGCCCAACGAGAGCAACAGCGGCGCCACGUCGCCCAGCCACAGGAAGAAGAAGAGCCACAACAACAACAGGAGGUUCUGGUCGCAGGACUUCGCCAACAUGCAGCCUCAGAUAGCCAGCGGCAUGCUGUCCAGCUCGGAGGACGAGGGGGAUUCGUACAGCAGCGACGGCGAGGGUAGUCUGGUGAUAGACGCCAACGCGCAGGGCGCGGAAGGGGGCGUUUCGACGAUGCAGAACAGUCAUCAGGUCGAAGCUCUGACGUACGCCAACGGCGCGGAGGCGGAGGCUCAGUAGGGGCCGGACUGGAUGGAUUCACGCGAGGUAAUAGGACGCUUUAUAGAAGAGGACAAAAGACACCACCAUCACCAGUACCGUCACCAAUAAAUUCGACUUUAUUUUCCGCUAAACAAGUAUACCUUCGCUAUUUAAACACACACAGUCUCAAGUAACCUAUCGAAACUAGUUCAGUAUGUACUUUACGGAUUCCGCAAUGGAAUAAAGUCAAAGGAGAAAUCGAAAAGUGCAUUAUAAGGCUGAUUUUUUAGAUUUUUAGGUAUUGAUUCGAUUAUUUGUUAAUAUUGAAACCAGUAUACGUAAAAAUAUACCUCAGAAUUCACCGAAAUCAAACGACAAACACUUUAAAACAUAAACAAUCCAAUUACGAGUGGAAAUUGAUGAAAUGGUGAAAGAUUUUACACUUUCGGUGUUUGUCGUUUGAGUCGAGGUGUUUUUAUUUCAAAGUAUACGCAUUUCGGAGUUGUACAAGCAAGCUCACUUCAGUAUUAUAUCGGACGUAAAGUUUGAUUUUAUAUUUCUGUAAAUUUACACUUUUAAAUGCUCUUUAUCAAUGUUGAAUGGAAUCAGUAAUUGUUGAUGUGAUUAGUUUCACUCUGACUCGAUUUACCUUAAAGCAUUAUUCGAACCGAAUAUGUUUUCAUUGUGCAGUAUUAGUAUUAAGGAUUGAAAAUUCGAGAUUGCCAGGAGGAAACCUCGAUUCGAGCUUUUCUCCUGGUUAUCCUCGAGCAAAGUAUACCAAUUUGAAACCUAUAUACGUAAAAUUUACAAUAAUAGACGUAAGUAUCAUAAAAUUGCCAUCCAGUUUCAUAUUAUUAUAAUCUAAUUGUUGAAAAGAAUAAUGUAUAUUGAACAUUGUCAGAUAUUUGUUUGCAAUUAUACAUCCGGAGCGUUCCAACUAAUUUUCAGUUUUUUGACGAUGAUGCCAUAUCUUAGUCUGUGUUUUUAUGUAUUAAUGUAGAGAACUUGUUUCAAUUAAAUUUUUGUAUACGGUAAGAUUUAAGUGUCAAUGUAUUUUUACAUUCAACCAUGUAUACGUAAGAUUUGAAGAAAUUUAAGGUGUAAAGCAUUUUUAUUAGAUGCUGUAGUGCUACUAUAAUUUUUAUUUUGUAUAUUUUGUGAUAUUUCAGUGGAAAAACUGCUACAUAUUAACUAAACUCUCAAGGUUUGCAUGUUUUUAGCGAAGUUAACCGAAAUAUUAAUCCAGAGAAGUUUUAAGUGCAAUAUCUCCUUCAAUACUCUUAUUUAUCUCACAUCACAUCUGUAUAUAUGAAGCAGUAUUUUCCAGGAAUUCUUUAAUCGAUGUUAAUUCUUUAAGUUGCUAAUUGGUCUGUGAUACUCAAUAUUUGCUCUAAGGUCAAGAGGUUAAUGAAGCAUUAGACGAGUAGAAAUUUAAGCCCUCAUCACUAACAGUCUUACAGAUAUCCCACGUAAGUCUUGAAGAUUUUGUUUUUUUUUUGGAAAAGCUCGAUACGGAUCAGGGAUAGCUUUCCGAACAUCACAUUUUUUUUUUUUGAACAGAUAGGAUUCGCUUCUGUGACUUCAAGUAUACGCUAAUACUCAGAUAUAGAUCUUAAGGAUUUUAAUUGAUAGUUUUUCGUUCGAAACAGAGUCGAUUUUUUCCGUUAUCUAAAUUUCACACUGCCCUCUAUGUUUCGUUUUAGCAACCUCGUUUUUUGUUGUGGUUAAUAGAAAAAGAUCGUAUAAUGGAAAGAGAGACGAUUCAGUGCAGUAUUUUGUUGUUUGCUACAUGUAAUUUUCGACUGUAUCAUAAUAAAUUACGAUGAACUCCA